AUGACGGAACUUCGUCCCCUUCGCGGUGGUUGCCAGUGCGGCCGCAACUGUUACAUCAUUACUAUUCCUCAGGAUGGCUUCGACAGGUGCCAGGUCCACUUCAACACCGAACCAGAGCAUCAGAUACCUCUCGCGACGCCCUUGGCCGCAUACAUCCGUGUGCCGCUCGAGUGGUACCACUCGACUACAAACUCAUUCUUCCCCGAUGAAACUCACGCACUUAUCCGUCGUGUAUAUACACACCCGACCCAGAGUCACGCGAAACGCCAAUUCUGCGGGUAUUGCGGCACGCCUUUAAGCUAUUGGUCCGAGAAGCCGUCAACAGAGGCAGACUUUAUCAACUUGACCAUUGGGAGCUUGCUGAGGGAGGACUUGGGUGACCUGGAGGACAUGGGUCUCCUCCCAGGGACACCUGAGGAGACAGAGACCCAAGAGGGCAAGAAGACCGAAGACAAGACCAGCGACGUCGAGCGACUGGACACAAGGAACGUCCUCCGCGAGUCCUAUGGCGUGCCGUGGUUUGACAGCCUCGUCGAGGGUACUAGGCUUGGCAACAUGCGUACCAACCGAGGGAUUGAACGUUCUCACGAUGGCCGGGUCAAAAUAGAAUGGGAAGUUCGCGAAUACCACGACGACGGUGACGAGGACACGGACAUGUCCAGCACCGGGGCUGUUGCAGGAGGUGUGCCUUCUAAGAGGAAACACUCGGACGCAGGAGCCGCCGGCACGGGGCCAGCGGCGUGA